GGUAAACGCACGCCUCCUCUGGAUCGGUGAACUCCUUGCCACACCCUUUAUGAACACACUUGGAAGUCAUCGUGGAAAUCGAGAGCCCUGUGAAACAGCUUUCAGAUCGGCCGGACAGCAAUAUACUCACAGAGCGUAGGCGAAUGUCGAGAAACCUGAGAAUCUGCUCGAAGGUGAGAGAGGGCCGGUUGUCAUCGCUUCCUAAACAGGGUUAGCGCUGGAAGCUCGAAUCUUCCACGAACGCCAAAGCAAGAGGAGGGGCUAUUCAGUGUUUACAACUACGGAGUAUUCACUGGAUUGCCUCUGUUUCUGGCUGCCUUGUCUUUUUCUUCUACGAUGAUUCCCACCCGAGCUCUCUUCUCUCAGCCCGCUCGUGUAAUUCUCUUCACACGCGCUGGUUGUGGGCUGUGCGACACCGCCAAACGGGCAGUCCUCCAGCUGCAUCAACGCCGACCGUUUGAUUACUCCGAACUGGAUAUCAUGACUCCUGCGAACAAGGCCUGGAAGGAUGUCUACGAAUUCGAUGUCCCCGUUUUACAUGUGGAAUCUGGAAAUGCCGCUUCUGGGGCAUUGGAGCCGAAGAAGUUGUUUCAUCGAUUCACUGAGCAGGAGGUCGAGAGUUUAGUUGACGAAGCAGAAAAGAUCUAAACAGUGAUUAUGGCAUCUAUUCAUUCUGAAAAUCAUAUAUACAAGAGAAGAAUGAUCAGUCUCGCCAUGAAAUAGACCGCUCAAUACGUGGGGACGGCGGCAUCCGCCUUGGCCCCCUGGGCGGUCUCCAACGCAUUCGAAAGGAAUGUCGGAAGAGCAACAACGUCGGCGACGACGGAAAUCAUGUGGAAUCCCUGGUCUUUGUACCUCUUGGCAGCUUCCCCACC